AUGAAAUACACAACAGUUGGGUUGGAUGGGAUGAUAAUCAACCGCACUACUGAAAUUUUGACCGACGUGAAUACUCCACUCGUUUGUGCUUUUCAGUGAGGGUAUUUCAAAUUUUCUGUCGGUUUAGUGUGGAUGGCGUUUCUUCAACGCCAGUGAUCAGAGUCUGUGCAGCAUUGCACUAAAUUUUAAGGCAAGAUGGCCUUAAAAUACAAGUCUGGUGAUAAGGUUUUUGCAAAGGUCCGAGGUUAUCCUUUUUGGCCUGCAAGGAUUGAAGCAUGUGCAGAUGAAACACCCAAUAAGAUGAAAUAUCAUGUCUACUUUUAUGGAACAGCAGAAACGGCCAUCUGUAAAGCUGAAGAGGUUAUUCCAUAUGCACCAAACAAAGAUAAAUAUGCCAAACCUCUCAAACGAAAAGGAUUCAAUGAGGGUCUGCAGCAAAUAGAAAUGGAAAUAACUGGCUUUGCCCCUUCGUACCCUACAUAUUCUGAGAACACACCUGAUACUGAUGAACCUGAGAACGAGGGUUCUCUUGUUAUUGAUGAAAACUUAGCUGCCAAUAAUACUAAUGUCCUACCUGAGAAAAAAAAGAAACUCACAACAGUUCUGAAACGGAAACGAGAGAGCUUGGACAGUGUUUCAGAGGACUAUGCUUCAAAGAGCAAACAAGCUCGCAUGUCAGCUGGAACCCCAGUUGGAUCAGCCCCAAGUGGAAGAUCGUCUGUUGAUGGGGAUUCACCCACCAGUAAGGUGAAAGCUGUAAGCCGCUCUGGACGAAAGAUUAAACCAAAGAAGUUUGCUGAUGAUGAAGAAGGAACGUAUGACGCAUAUGAAAAUGGAUCUGUGUCUAUAACUGGUAUCCCUACAGACACACAAGGGGUUUCGGCCGUUUCUCCUGUAACAUUAGCAAGUUCCCCUGAUCCAUCUGCAAACAGAGCACGCAAGUUACAGGGAACUGCAAGACUGAGCAAUCCACCAACUCAGCAUUCUCCAGAUGAAAGUGCUAAGACACCAAGUGAUACCCAAGGUAGUAUUCCCAGUGAUAAUCCGAAUAGAGCCAUUAUGGCCAAAGCGCUGUCGGGUCACUGGGUCCAGAUCAGGUUGGAUGAUGAAAGACCAGCAUCUUUUGAGAGUGAGGAAGCAAGGAGGUUGUGGGAUGCUGCAACAGCACGCAAUGCUGAACGUCUCAGAACUCAAAUUGAACUGGGAGAGUAUCUUCCAGAUACUAUUAAGAAACAGUUAGAAGGAAAAGCUGAAUUGACAGAUGCUCAAAAGAAAGAAUUGAAGAAAGAAAGUGAGCUAGCUCGUAAAAGAGGAAAGCUCAGAUGGUUGAAACAAGAGGCACGCCUGUUGGAAUUAGAUGCCCUUAUCAGAUCCUCUCUAGGUCUGGCAGAAGCUGACGCAAGGAGAUGCUUGGAACUUAUGGAACAAAUGUUAAUCGUGCCUAUUGAUCCUUUAAUGUUGAAGAAACAUCCUAAUAUUGUGGAAACAGUGAAAAAGUUACAGAGGUACAUUGGCAAUACUUCAAAAUGGGAUCUUACGGAUGAAGAAAUGGAAAAGUUCAACGCAAGUUGUGAUCAGAUAAGACUGAAAGCUAACCAUAUGUACCACAAAUUUAAGAAAUUGUUUGCUGUCCCAAACAACACAUCUUUCUGGGAGAUUUUCCAUCAAGAAGUUGAAAAGUUCAAUGAGGCUGUGAAGCAUUUGCCAAGAGAUCAGGUUUAUGCUCUUGUUGUAGAUCCUGAAAAACUUAACUUUAUGGAUGAAUCAGAGGAUGAUGAGAAAGAGGAUUCAUCAAGUAAAGAAAAGUCUCACAAAAGUACUAGAGGGAAAAAAGCUACUUCUGCCCAUCUUGAAUCAUCUACAAAGAGAGAUGAGACAGCAACGUGAAUAUUUCAAGGAAGACAACCAGUGCAGUACUGGCAUUGGCCAUUACUGUUUUCUGAAGGAUUGUUUGACUAAGUGGUCUUAUAUUCUUGUGGGCUGCUACAAUGAAGUUUUUAAUUUAUCAUUGAAGUUGUGGCAUGGUUAGAGUGGGUGCUAAUUGGAAGGUUGCCAAGAACUCACAUUUACUUAUCUUCCUCUUAUAUUUUCCUCAUCCCUGAUAUGAUUUUCUUCGUCAAAGAUGUAUUCAUAUUUUGUAAUUAGUUUGCUUUACUCGCUUCUUUUUCUCCCUAAUGUUAUUUUAUUUGUCAAGGAGUGUAGCUCCAGACCCAAAAAUCCAGAUGUCUCUUUUAUAUUUGACACAUUGAGUUUAGAAACUUUUGACGUGAUUGUGUCAGUACCUUGUGGCACAAAGGAGAGAAACAAAUUCUGUGGAACUGAACUUUGUGUGCCAUUGAAUUUUGUCAUUUUAGUCUUGCUAAUAAUGAUUUAGCUCUAAAAUUUGUGAAACUAGAAUGACCAUAUUUUUUUUCUUUUUAUGCACUUUAAUAGCAAUGAAAAGAGUAUGGUUAAAUGUCUGUUACAACCUCUGCUCCCUGAAUGUGUUAAGUAUCACUUUUUAAUAAGAUCUUUUACCGUAAUAGUUUUGCAUGGUUACUGAAAAUUAGAUUGAAACUGCUAUCCCAUCUCUUUUGUUGUCUUUUGUUUCUGCUCCUUUAGCUUAUGAUUAUGAAAUAAGUAGCUAUGUUGAGAGUACAAAACUCAUACAAUAAAAUCUAUGUUGAUUGUAGAA